AUGAGGGUCGCGUUACUCGUUUUGUAACAUUGUGUAUCCCAGCAUUGUGUCGGUGCACUGUGCACCUAAGGUGUGCACUUGUGACACUCAAUUUUUACAAGCUGUCUCAAAGUAAACAAAAAAUAUAUUAUGCCAGUUGCAAAGUGUAGGCUACAACUCCAAAAUGUUGUAUUUUAUUUUAGGUAUAUUCUCUGUUUUUAUUAUUGUUAACUAUAUUAUAGUGUGUGGAUAUAAAAAGGGGGAUAAACCUGGAUACAACACGGGAAGGGCCCGUAACACCAUCAAGAUUGUUUCCUCUGAGGCCCCUAAACCAACGGUAAAACCCGCUAUGCUCAUAGAAGUCGAGGAACUAGAGGGGCGUGACGUCAUGGCGGCCACGCCCCCAGCGCCGGAACACAGCAACACCAAGUGGCUGCAGCGAUCCAUCCGCACCAACGACGCCCUCGACCACCCCAACUUCCUGCGCCAGGAGCGGACAUUCGUGGAGGCGUUCGAGCCCCGUCCCCCCACCCCCCAGUACCGUGACACAAGCCCCGACUCCGCUACGUAUGGCGAUGACCAUAGUGUACACAUUUUAAGACCAUUCACAGAGCCAGCCUUUGAAUUUGUUCCACAAGUGAAAACUUCCACUACCCUUGCCACAACUCUCAACUUUUAAAAGUUCCAGAACCCUGGCCACAACUCUCAACUUUUAAAACCUCAAGAACUCUCGCAACAAAUAUCAAGUUUUAAACAAAGAUUCAGUGUACCAACAUCACAAACACAAAUUUACAAAAUGUUAAAAUUGAUGCAUUUGUCUGGGAUUUUUUUCCUGGCUAUUUAAUUGUUACAGAUAUUGUUAAAAUUGUCACCAAAUAUGUCGCCAAGGAAUAUUUUCCAUGAGCAUUUUUUUUUUCAGAAAAAUCGUUUUAAAUAUGUUAUUAUUAAACAUUUAG